AUGGAUAACGUGUACAAGGCUCUGAUAAAGCCGCUAGAGCCAAGAACGCUCGCCAGUUGGAUCCAUUCUGGUAAAAACGGCUUCCUAGUGAUUGACGUGAGAGGCCCUGAUUACAGAUAUGGAUGUGUCAGGGGAUCGAUAAACAUUCCCUCGAAUGAGUUUGAUUCAAACAUCCCAAAGAUCAUCAGUGAAUACACUCCAGGGGUUGAUACCUUUGUGAUCCACUGUAUGAGAAGCCAGAUACGCGGACCAAGAUGUGCGCGCAAACUGAUAAGGUACUUACUGUUGAAUACAGAAGCAAAGGACGACUUGACAAAGCUUCCGAACAUUUACCUUUUACAAGGCGGGCUGAAGAGAUGGAAUGAACUCUACGGCAACGAUCCUUCAUUGAUGGAGCCAAUCCCGUAA